AUGCGAUCAAAACCUUCAGUCAAGCCCUCGGCCUACCCGCCAUUCCCAUUCCACACAAUUCGCUUCUUGAGCUUCCUCUCCGCGGUUGUAGUCGGCGCAAUUCUUGCCGUGUUUAUCUACCACCUCCACGCCGAUGGCUACAAAUUACCAUAUUCAUUCCUAGUGCUCCUUAUCGCAGCAGCCCUGACCCUCCUCAACAUCCUCUUAACGACCCUAAUCCACUGCAGCUGCGGCCUAUCCCCCAAACUCUCAAUAACAGCAAAUGCAAUCCUCCUCAUCCUCUGGGCCAUCUCCCUCGGCCUAAUCUGCUGGUCCCUCGCCAGCACAAUAACAGUAUCCUGCACCACAACCUACUGGGGCAAUUCCACCGGCAUCUCCGUCUGCCGCAGCUACAAAGCCCUCUUCACCUUCACCGUCACCGGCCUAGCCGCCCACAUCGCCGCCCUAUGGCUGGACAUUAUUGUGCGCCGCCGCCAGAACCGCUUCGGCACAUACGGCGCCAUGGGGUCGCAGCCUGGUCUAGAUGAUUCUGGCGCCUUUGAUGUCAAGAUGGAUGAUCACUAUGCUCAUAAUCUGGGCACGGGGUAUCGCGAUGCGCAUGGCCACCAGAGGGGCGGGAGUGAGGCGACGCCUGCCUUGCAGGAUUUUGAUAAUCUGCCGCCGACGAACGCGAAUGGGAAUGCUCAUGGAGAUUCCAGUGCGACGAUGCAUGGCGCCGGGCCGUAUGGUCAUGGGUAUGAGCAUGAGGCCGGUGGGGAGGUUGCGCAUUCUGGUGAUGCGCAGGGUUACUAUGGUUAUGAUGCUGGUGGUAUGAGUCACCGUGGGAGACAGGGGUAUCAGGAUCCGUAUCAGAGAGACAACACCGGAUAUGAUCCGGCGGCGUAUCGUUGA